AUGCCAGCUGUGCCUAGGACCAGUGUGAUCGCCCGCGAUCAGUUCUUGUCGUUUGAAAUUGACAUGGACCUACAGAUCGUUCACGCGUCCUCUGUGCCGGCUUGCCUCACGAAACAUCCCAAGGACCUGUUUUCUCCGGAGGGCGUGGAACUAUUAGAGCGCACCUGGGCACAAGACUGCGAUGGGGUCUCGGCGCUAUCCUUCUCGGCGCUGGAACUGGCCAUUGGUGCGGCCGGUGAGAGUAAUUUAGUCAAUGGUAUUCUUCAGGUGGUGCAAACGCAGGCAGGAGGUCGACUGCUGCUGUUAAACUGUGCGGUGCCUCCGGGCUUGACCAUUACUCCCCGAGGGAGCUUGGUCGGUUCAUUGCUUGCUCUCCCUGAUAUUCAGCAUCCUGAGCGGGCAUUGGACGAUCCUGACUAUGCUGACUAU